ACUGAGCCCAAAGGAGAAGUAUGAAGCCAUCACAACUGCUCCACCCCUUCACAAAGGGAACCCCACCUUCAUCCUCCCAAACUCCUCCUGGACUAACGGAGGUUUGACCAGAUAACCUCUGCAGGUUAUCCACCAGGUGUCCUCAGUGUACCAGCAGUCCCAGAUCACCUGACCAUCUGAGUCACCUGACCACCUGCUCCGUUUGUUUGUUUGUUUUUAUCAGAUCUUUCUUUUCCACACCUGUGACCUUCAUCAGGCUCUGAUCAAAAUGAGUUUUAUUAUAAUGUCAUUAUUAAUCUCAGUUUUCUGUGAGUGUGUUUGUGGGCCUGGUGCCUUUGUCUGCCUGGACGCUGAUGACGUCAUGUGGUCCCUGCUCUGUGAUUGGCUGCUGUUUGCAUUUGAGCUUACAGACAUUCAGAGAGAGUCACAGAGCUACUGAUGAUGAUUAUGAAGAUGAAGGUGUGUGUGCUGCUCAUCAUCCUCUCCUCGGUUCUCUGUGUCUCUGCUGAUGUUCUCCACGAGAUGAACUCUGUCAGCGGCUGUUCAGACACUGAUGGAGAGGAUGUGCUGAUCCUGGAUGAUGAGGUGGUCUGGUACGCAGACUUCAACAAACAGAAAGUAGUCGAUUCUCUGCCAGCCUUUGCAGAUCAUCCAAGCUUUGAAGGAAAGUAUGAAGAAGCUGUGGCUAAUCAACAGAUCUGCAGACAAAACCUGAAGGUGACUCAUACGGCUAUGAAGGACUUCCCCAAAGAACAUGAUGCUCCUUACAUGGUGAUCAUCUACACUACACUAAAUGUGGAGAUGGGAGUCCAGAACACUCUGAUCUGUCAUGUGACUGGUUUCUUUCCUGCUCCCGUCAACAUCACCUGGAACAAGAACACAAAGAACUUGGUUGAAGGAACCAGCAUCACUGUUCCUUUAUCCAACAAAGAUGGUACCUUCAGCCAGACGUCCAAGCUGGACUUUGUUCCAAAGGGGGGAGAUGUGUACAUCUGUACAGUGGAACAUGUGGCCCUGAUCCAACCAAUUACCAAAGUCUAUGCUGUGGAGGACGCUGAACCCAUUCUGGGACCUGCAAUAUUUUGUGGAGUGGGUCUGACUGUCGGUGUCCUUGGCGUGGCAGCAGGAAUCUACCUCUUCAUCAGAGGACAAAAGUGAUGCUGAUUGGUUCGUGCUAAUGUUUUAAUACAUUCUGAGGUAGACACCGUCCUCUGAUGAACUGAUUUUUAUAUGAUCCAUUACAAAUGAAACCUCUGGAAAAAAACUGUGGCAGCAGCUCCGAAUGAUCUCAGACCAUCCUCACUGGGACCAAUUAUUGAUGUGAACCAGAAAGACUUUCACGUCAUUAAAGAUUUACUGAGGAAACUGAUUUCAUUCUUUAUUAUUUUAGUUUGUUUCUGAAUCUUUCUGUUGUGGAGUGUUUUCAUGCUGUUUGUAUUUGGUGAGCUGAUUUUUCUUGUGCACAGAAUGAAG